AUGCAAAGCCCAGGUGACGGACAGCGUCCCGUCUGCGAGCGGUGUAGGAUCAAGAAACUCGAGUGUCGUCUGCCCUCCAAGACGACGCGCUUCAUCAAGUCGAGCGAGGUCUGCUUCGACAAGGCCAUCCCCCUAGGAGCACCGGAUGGCCUGGAUCCCCCUCCGGGAGACCCUCCGGGAGACCCUCUGGGUAGGAACGUCGGGACGGGAGACGGUCCGAGCAGUUUGGACGGGUCACCGAGAGAAGAAGAGUCGGUUGGCUCGCCGGCCCAGGCUGGCAUGCCGUCGCACCAUCAUCACCUCGAGAUGCUGGCCGAUGCAGCCACCGCGGGAGGCUGGGUAGGUGGCAACGACGCCGCCGUCGCCGCCACCGUCCCGUUCCCGAGGCCGAACGACCGUAUACUGUCGCUGCCUACGGUGGUCUCGUACGGUCUGGAGCAUGGCGUGUCGCCGCCGCAGACUGGAUAUCCAGCCGACGCCGGGAUGCUGAGCGGUGGCGGCGUGGAGAAUACGCAUCCGGCUAUCACGGCUGCUGGGUAA